AUGAAUUUUAAUACUAAUAUGGUCCCCCUUCCCAUUGCAGAUUGUAGUAUGUAUUCAUCUACAUUACUUAAUGAAAAUGGGGAGUUUAGUCCUGAAAAAUUGCGAAAAGAACUUCUGAGGGCAAAUGAGGCUCUAUUAUCAUCAGGACAGCAAAAACGCGAGAGCAAGCAGAUUAAGAGCCGAUUUGGGGAGAAGCCUCCAGAUUUGGAUGAAAGUGUAAGAAAAGGGUCAAAUUCCUCAACUUCGGGCAGUUUUGCCGACCAAAUUAUUGAUGAAGCGUCUCCUUAUGAGGACGAUUAUGAUCCAUUCUCGGACCCAGUAUGUGUGAGCGAUCAAUUUGUAAGUGGGAGUCCUGUUGGUCAGUUUCCUUUAAGUAGAUUUACAAAUUCCAAGUAUUCCCGCGAGCUAGAUUCUACUGGAGCUAUUAAUUCAGGUAAAUUACAAAAUUCAAAUGCAGUGCUACCUGACGAUGCUCAUUUAGCAAGCACUGUACCGAAGGAUUAUUUGGCACAAAAUAAGUUGGUUGCAAUUCUUGAUCUAGACAAUACACUUCUUCAUGCUUAUAACUCGACCAAAAUUGGUUGUAAUAUUAACCUGGAAGAUUUCAUUAGCUCUUCUGGUGACCCAGAAAUGUAUAAGUUUGUUCUACCACAGGAUUUGAAUACACCUUACUAUUUAAAACUAAGACCUGGUGUAAGAGAAUUUUUGAAUACUAUUGCCCCCUAUUAUAUUAUGGGAAUAUGCACCAAUGCAACCAGAGAAUAUGCCGAUGUCAUUAGGGCAGUUUUAGAUCCUCAGAGAGAUAAGUUUGGUGAUAGAAUCGUUGCUCGAGAAAGUGUUGAUGGCCGUGAUACACAAAAAGAUUUUAGAAAGAUUUGUGUUGAUGUUGAAACACGUGCUAUUGUAUUGCUCGAUGACCGCUCAGAUGUUUGGGACAGUUCUUUAGAAAGCCAAGUUGUUAAAGCCCAGACUUAUGAAUAUUUUGAGCAACGAAAAGACGCUUUAAAGUCUCACUACCCCCCCUUGUCUUCUGGAGCCAACUCAAUUUCAGCAAAUUCAAGUGCUCCCGGUGAUAUUCUUUCUGCUGCAUUAUCUUCAUUGUCAAAUGCUAGCGGAGGCAAUAGCAUUGCAGACUAUGAUCGCCACUUGGACUACCUAAUUCGAGUAUUUAAGGAGCUUCACACAAGGUUCUUUCAAAAUCCCGAGACUGCGAGCGUUGGAGAGAUUUUAAAGAAGAUGAGGAGUGAAAUACUUGAGAACUGCACAAUUUGUUUUACUGGAUUUCUAAAGGCUGAUGAAAAGCCUAUUGUUAAAGGUCUACCUUCUAAUUGGGGAGACUCCCAAGCUGAUGCAGAGUCCGCAGCUAUAAGAUUAGGUGCUAGCAUUGAGGAGAAUUUGGAGCCUUUAGCUACACAUCUAGUUGUUCAAAAGACGAAUACCGCCAAGUUUCACCAGGCUAAAAAUAAUCCAAAUGUUAAAAUUGUUCAUACACUCUGGUUAUGGGCAUGUGAUGGACAAUGGCAACAUGUCUCAGAGGAUCUUUUUGAAGGGGAAUCUCUGUCCGAUAAGUUUAACCAAUCAACAGUUUUAAGGCCUUGGAAUGUGCACUGGGAAAUCCUUGCUCAAAAAGAGGGUAAAACUGGGAUUCAUUCCUUAAAGUUUAGGCUUACAUCCGAACCUAGUUCAAACACUAAUAUAAAGGAGUAUCAACAUCCUGCUGCAUGGAGACAGAGCUGUGGAGCUCGUAUUUGGUCUCCACGUGAAGUAGUUACGUGGUCAUGCCUAUACAACAGAGCAAUCAGUACAAUCCCAAUGUCAUUUAUGUUUAAUGUAGAUGGAGGGGAGAAAGCAGUCAUGUUUAAUAGGUUUGGAGGGGGGGUAUCUCCAAGGCCAAUUUCAGAAGGAACCCAUUUCUUUCUCCCGUGGUUCCAGAUACCUUUUAUAUAUGAUGUUAGAGUUAAACCAAAAGUAAUUAACACCACAACUGGAACCAAGGAUUUACAGAUGGUUAAUCUUUCUCUCCGACUCCUAUUUAGGCCAAGUACUGAGUUUCUUCCGAGGUUACAUCAGAAUUUGGGUCCAGAAUACGAUGACAAGGUACUUCCCUCAAUAGGGAAUGAGAUUCUUAAGGCUGUGGUUGCAAAGUAUGAUGCAGAGAGCCUCCUUACUCAGAGAGAAAAGGUAAGCAGAGAAAUUAGGGAGUCAAUCAUGCAAAGGACAAAACAGUUUGACAUAAUUAUGGAGGAUGUGGCAAUUACCCACCUAACCUACGGAAAGGAGUUUGAAAAGGCAAUAGAAGAGAAGCAGGUUGCACAACAAGAUGCCGAGAGAGUAAAGUUCAUAGUACAAAAGGCCGAAUAUGAGAAACAGGCUGCAAUAAUCAGAGCCUCUGGAGAGGCACAAGCAGCAGAGAUGAUUUCAAAAGCUGUUUCUGACUCGGGGUGGGGGAUUGUAGAUGUAAGGAGGCUAGACGGAGCUAGGGACAUUGUUGAGAAUCUUGGCAAGUCCGAGAAAGUGACUUUUAUCCAGGGGGACCAACAACAUUUGCAUUUGAAACUCUAG